UUUCCUGUUUGACUUUACUUUGAUAUUCCUUGCUGUGUUGGAACGUCAUUACGCUGUGAAUGCUGAGGUCUGUGUGUGACCCUCAGAAACGAGGAGGUGAAGUGGUAACCAUGUGGAUCCCGACCCCCAGCAUGACUCUCCCUCAGCGGAUGGUGCUAUAUGGGACGUGUGUUGUGGCACUGGUAAACUCUGUGGGCCUACUGGUGCUCCUGGUCCAGCAGAAUCAGCAGCAGGUCCGGCUGGAGCAGACGGAGGCAAGAUUGACUGAAGUGGAACAGAGUUCAGUGGUGGAAUUCCUCCAGGAGGUGCCCAAAGGAGGGGCAGGGAUACGGGCAAGCAUGGGGGAGCAGCAGCAGUACCAGUACCAGUACUCCAGGAACAAGAGGAGUGGAGGGCUGGAGAAGGAGCUAGAGCAGGAGAUGGGGGAGCCUCUACAGGGAGAAGGAUUGGAGCUCAAUCAGCAGGAGGUCAGCCAGGAGGUGGGAGAGGAAACAGAGAAGAAGAUCCAUGGAGUGAAACACAAGCAUCAGCACAGGCAGAGUUUCCACAAGACACAUGUGCAGGACGACAUGAUGAUGAUGAUGACUUACUCCAUGGUCCCGAUCAAAUUGCUGAUCGACAUUUGCAACAGCACCAAGGGAGUCUGCAUAGCCGGACCCCCAGGACCGCCUGGUUUGCCUGGUACGGAUGGUAUGCCCGGCCACAAUGGGACUGAUGGCAUCCCAGGACUAAAUGGACCGCCCGGGGCCGACGGCAAACGAGGAAAAAAAGGGCCGCCAGGUGAGAAAGGAGAGCCAGGUGAGAAAGGUGAGCGUGGCGAGACUGGUCCCCCUGGAGAGAAGGGCCAACCGUCCCGUGAUGUCAUUAUUGAGGGUCCUCCUGGUCCUCCGGGACCGCCUGGGCUCAUGGGCCCUCCUGGACCUCCAGGCCCUCAGGGGCCUCACAGAAUAAGGCAUCACAGAGCCGACCUACAGGCUGCUCAGACCCUGGGGCCGUUACACGCUAUUCCAAAUGAUGAAACCUCAGCUUUGAAAGAGAACAGGAUCCUCCUAAAUGAGAGGCCAGUGAAGAAGAACGAGUGCCUGAUUAAGUCUUUAAUCAACCCCAGGAAUGUGACAAAGAUGGAAAGCACAUAUGGCAUGUGGAUGAAAGACACUGCUCAGCUGAACGAUGAGCACAUAUGGGUUGCAGAACACUUUUCUGGUCGUGUGUUGAAGCAGUAUAAAAGCAUCGCCUCUUUCCAGAGCAACAGCAGUGAGAUUGUGGAUGUGAGAAAGUUCUACCACGGCUGCGGCCACACUGUUCACAACGGUUCCUUCUACUAUCACAUUGCUGGCACUUCCAGCAUUGGCAGAUUUGACCUUCACACCAAGAAGCUUCACACUCUAUCGAUAGACAACGCUUUGCACCACAACCUUGCCUACCUGCUGUACAACUCCAAGACCUACUUCAAACUUGCAGCAGAUGAGAACGGCCUGUGGCUGAUCUUUGCCUCCAGUGUGGAUGAGAGCAUCAUGGUGGCCCAGCUGGACCAGAAGACCUUCUCUGUCACCUCCUUCAUUAAUACCACCUACCCCCGCACCAAAGCUGGCAAUGCCUUCAUUGCAUGUGGAGUUUUGUAUGUCACCGACACCAAGGACACCAGAGUCACCUUUGCUUUUGACCUGCUGAAGGGUAAGCCGGUCAACGUAACCUUUGACCUGAGGUCUCCAGUAGGAGUGUUGUCCAUGCUCUCCUACAGCCCAAAGGACAGACACCUGUAUGUGUGGGACAACGGCUAUGUCAGGCUUUACGUAGUCCACUUCAUCUCUGACGAGUGAGAACCAGCGUGCAGUACUGGCAGAAUAUGAGACAACAUGCAGACAUGACUGUUACAUAGUCAGAGGAAAACAGCCUGCUGACAAGCAACUAUUCACUCUUCAAUCUUUAAAUCCAAGACAGAUGAACACGUCAACGUCUCAACUUUCUCAUCCUGUAGGACUUUCAACUGAACGUAUAACCAGUUAUUGUAAAUCAUGGUAUCAGCCUAUAAUUAUUGUGAUUUGUGUAAAAAGUAAGAGUGCUGUAUUUGUAUUGUAUUCCUGAUGUACAUGUGAGAUUUCUGAGUUACUAACAGUGUGAUUUCUUUUGCAUUUUCUAUCAAACUAUUGUAUCAUUUAUACAAAAUCAACUUUUGAGGCCGUUUUGUAUCGAAAGUCAUUAUUUUGUGUCUUUGCAUGAUUUAGUGAAUGUAAUUCUUACAAGUUGUUUUUUAAUUUUUUUUUUAUUUUUAAUAGAAUUACGUUAUCCACCUUAUAUUUUGUACAUAUACACAGUCCACCUGCAUUUGUGAUGGAGCAGCAUGGUCGCUUAUUUCUAUUAACAGAAAGAAAAAAAGAGGA